AUGACAUCGCAAGAAGAACAGUCCCACAAGCGGAAGAGUGACGCGACGCAUACGAGCGAAGCUCCCAUUUUCACUCCAAUCCAUCGCAAACAGGCUAUGGUAGAUCAUAGCCCACGCAGUUUAAGUCGUUAUUGUUCGAAGACUGAUGGCGGGGAUGAUGAAGAUGAGGCUACUUGGAAACGCCAGACGGACGCACCUGCUCCCUCAUUGGAAGACCGACGAGUCGACCUUGCUACAGCACCUACUACGAACAGCACUCUUCCAGGUUUCGCAUGUGUUGGUUGCGGCUCAUCAUCUCACCGGCUCAACCUCUGCAUGCAAGCCAGCUCCAGCUCCGGUCUGAUGAAAGGCUACCCAUGGUGCAACACCCUCAACCACAGCCUCACCAACUGUCCGGGAACAAAGCACGAUCUAGCCCUGCAGCUUGAAUUCAUCCAGAUGCGUGCCAACAUGCCUUCCUUCCAGCCGACGCUAGACUGGGUUGACGUCGUCCGCGCGGCUAUCGCCGAUGGUCACAAACCUCCCACCAGCUUUCCUUGGACCGCUCACUUCACAAAAAAGAUUUCCAAGGCUGUUGAGGCCUUCCAGCAAGAUCUAGACAAAGUCGGUAUCAACAGACGCGUCGGACUCCCCAUCGAUCCAUGGACCAAGGACUGGGAGACUGUUCAGCGAAACUUUCCAUAG